AUGGAACUGAUCCAAAGCCCUAAUCCCAAUAAUUAUCCCACCAUUGAAGCUGAACGUGAAGCAUUCUACAAAUCCCUUCCACCUGGCUUCAGAUUCAGUCCCAAUGAUAGAGAACUCAUUCUUUUCUAUCUGAUUCCCAAGAUCAAAGGAGAUGCUGUACCCUUGAAUCUCAUACACGAAGUUAAUAUCUACGAUCAUCAUCCUCAACAAUUUGCUGAAAAAUACGCAGCACAAGGGGCGAGAAAGUGGUAUUUUUUCACACCAAGGGACAAAAAAUACAUGAAUGGAGGUCGUCCGAAUCGAAAGGCCGGAGAUGGAUACUGGAAAGCCACCGGAGUUGAUAAAAAAAUAGUGGAUGAGUCUGAUAUAAUAAUUGGUUAUAAAAGGUCAUUGGUGUACUACGAAGGAAAACCUAAAAAGGGUCACAAGACGGAUUGGAUCAUGUAUGAAUACGUUGUCAAGGAUAAUCCUUCAAGUACACUUCCAAACAAUAACACUGGUAUGAGGUCAACCAUAUUGCUUUGA